CCCCAAUACACUUCGGAUUCCUUCGCAACUUUUCAUGGAUAUUCCUUCAGUUGCUUCUGAGCAUUAUUCCAUUGUCAAUCAAGUGCGUAUAAAAAGACAAUGAGCUUUCAAGGACCGCUUCACAUGUUCCACAUGGCCCAUGACGGGUCUUCAGCAAGGCCUUAUACCUUAUCAGCCUCUGUUCAUCAUUCCACUUUGGCUCCUGCAUCUGUCGACGACACGUUGUCCAAGAAAGAAGAUGUCGAGGGGCGACGCAUCAGUAACGGAACAGAUGAGGAGAAAACAGACAUAGUGAUAAAAAAGAAGAUCUCACGGGCAGAUUCAAAAAAAAGUAUCGAAAGUUCGUUCACACCACAAGCCCAAAACUCCUCCGUUUCAUUAGUCACCAUGAAUGGCAAUAUGAACACCCCUAUGGAAAUCGAGAACUUACCAUCAUUAGUACAGUCUACCGACGCAUCUACAGAAUCCAGUGUCGUCCUCAAAACUCCUCCCAAGUCAGCGCGUGCCAGCUACGGCCUUGUUGAGCACAUCACGAUUGCGUUCUCCGCUUGGCAAAGCAAUGGCUGUAACCAUCGUUUCGACAAUAAUCAAACUGGGCAAUUUUCUGAGCCCGGUUCACAAAUUUUUGGAAUCUGCCAACAAGACAGUCAUCACGAAGAGACAAAGAUGCUGAAUGGACUGAGUGAGGAAACAUUAAAAAUUAUGGCAAGGGCAGGUAAACGUGAUCUGGGAGCUGGGGUGGUGCAAGAGACCUGGAUUGAGCAUAUCAUGGCGAAGACGAAACUCGGCAAGGGGGUGGUUGGUAUUACUGGGAAGCCCCGUUUCUUCAUUGGUGAUGUGGAUGGAUAUGCCGUGUGAAUUCUUCACGCAGCGACAACGAUGAUAGCUGUCGCUGAGCUUUUUCUUUCAACACUUAUGACUGCGGGAGUCAAUGAUGGACAUCAUUGUUGAUCGAAGCAGUUGGGAGCUGAAAGAUCGUAUGUAUGCAUAAUUAGUG